UUUUUUGUUAAAAAAUUCUGCUUACAUUUAUGAUUCAAACUGAGAAGCAAAACAGUUCUUAUUCAGGUAAAAUCAGUUUAUAUGUCCAUUUGUUCUGAGUCUAUGCUUUGUGUGCUAACCUUAAAUCCCAGUGAGUUAAAAUAAUAACAUUUUUGGGGGGCAAGGGGAAAUUUUUUUGUUUUUAUUUUUAUUUUUUAUUUAUUUAGUUUUGCUUGAGACAGGGUUUCUCUGUGUAGCCCUGGCUGUCCUGGAACUCUGUAGACCAGGCUGGCCUCCAACUUAGAAAUCCACCUGCGUCUGCCUCCCAAGUGCUGGGAUUAAAGGUGUGUGCCAUCACUGCCUGGCUACAAGGGGAGUUUGUAAAUCUGUAUUUUGGCUAGAGCUCAAAAGGAAAAAGUUCAUUUACUCUGUGUAGACCAGCUGAGGGGGCUCAAAUAUGUGGGAGCUUUAAAUCAUUGUAGAGUGAUUUACUGACAUGUUUUUGGACUCUCGCCUCUUUUCAUGUGGAAAGAGUUUAGACUUCCUUACAGUAUGGUACUGCUUCCAACUGUAAAACUGGGUCAUCUUCUGUGAUCUUGACUUAGGAAUCAUGGGAGCCAGCUAUAUUACUGGAUGGUUAUUUUUUUUCUUCCUUCCUUCCUUCCUUCCUUCCUUCCUUCCUUCCUUCCUUCCUUCCUUCCUUCCUUCCUUCCUUCCUUCCUUCCUUCCUUCCUUCCUGCCUUCUUUCUUUUUCUUUCUUUCUUUAAAUGCACUCUAAUUCAUAGAACAAAUUCAAUGGUUUUAAUAUAUUUACAGUGUUGUACCAUGAUAACUGUUACCUGUCAUAUUAGAUUCUAAAAUCUAGAAAAAUUUCAUCAUAUCAAGGAGAAACCAUUGAACAUAUAGGUCUUGCCAGAGUAUAAAAAUCAAAUGGAAAGAGUUCCUGUAAGAGGAAGGUGUAAGCAGGUGGGCUUGGUGGCCUGCCUGUAAUUCCAGUUGUGGGAGGCUAGGGCAGAGUCUCCAGAGCAAGUAAGACUAUUGGUGAGCUCUGGCUUGGAUUGAGAGGUCUUGUCUCAGUACAUAAGAUAGAAGAGUGAUCAAGGGUGAGUCUAGUUAUCAACUUCAGGCCUUUAUGUGCAUGUCUACACACGCAAACAUGCACUUACACACAGGAAAAUGAGAAAAGAUAAAAAGGAUAUAUUGAGUAAGGUGAGCUUUUUCCUAAUAUGGGCAUUUCUGCACUGAACAUGAGAGUUCAGUGGCUACCAGUGACAUCAUAAAGUAUGUUGUAACAAAGUCCCCUCAAGGUUAAAUGCAUGGGCGGUGAGAAGGUUGGUUAUUUGGAGAGACUCAGGCCAGCAGAAAGGCGCCGCUGAGCCAAAACCAUCACAUCGGCACCAUGGCUGCUGGGAAAAGGAGAAGACGAAACAUAUCCCGCUCCACAAGAGCUGAGCUACAGUUUCCAGUUAGCCGUGUAGAUCGCUUCCUACGGGAAGGAAACUAUUCUAGGCGCUUAAGCUCUUCAGCGCCAGUGUUCCUCGCGGGUGUGCUGGAGUACUUGACAUCCAACAUCCUGGAACUGGCUGGGGAAGAGGCCCACACCUGCGGCAGGAAGCGCAUAGCACCAGAGCAUGUGUGCCGGGUGGUCCAGAACAACGACCAGCUCCAACAACUCUUCAAAGAAGGCACCAGAUCUGUGCUUGAGUCAUCAGAACCCGAUGAGAACUGACGACGCCUGAGUGUCAAGAGCCUGGAGGUCCACCGCACCUUCUGUGGCAACCAACCCCAGUGUGGUCCUCGCUGGGGGAACUAAUCAAACAUGCUAUUAAAGCAACUAAACGGAA